UUGUGUAUGUGAGGGUGUUGACACUGUGGGGCAACAGCAGCAGCAGCUGGGCUAGAGGGUGAAGAUGGCGGCGGUGGUGAUCAGACAACUGGGCAGAGGCUGGCGCGGCGUCCGCUGCUCCAUCGCUGCCGGGGCUCGGCGGCCUCUCUCCGCCAGUCAUGCCGUUCAUCAGCAGCAAUUCACGUCGCUGGAUGAGAAGCCCCAGUUCCCGGGGGCCUCCGCGGAUUUUGUGGACAGGCUGGAGUUUCUCCAGCCCAACGUGAUAUCCGGUAUUCCCAUCUAUCGGGUCAUGGACCGACAGGGACAGAUCAUGAACCCGGAUGAAGACCCCAAGUUGCCAAAGGAGAUGGUCCUCAAAUUCUAUCAGAAGAUGACACUGCUGAACACCAUGGAUCGUAUUUUGUACGAGUCUCAACGACAAGGUCGCAUAUCCUUCUACAUGACCAACUACGGUGAGGAGGGCACACAUAUCGGCAGUGCAGCUGCGUUGGAACCAGAUGACUUGGUGUUUGGACAAUACAGGGAGGCAGGUGUCCUCAUGUACCGAGGCCUGUCGCUGGAGCUCUUCAUGGCGCAGUGUUACGCCAGCGCUAGCGAUGUGGGCAAGGGUCGCCAGAUGCCAGUUCAUUACGGCAGCAAGGAUCUGCACUUCGUUACAAUCUCCUCUCCCUUAGCCACGCAAAUACCCCAGGCCGUCGGGGCCGCAUACGCCUACAAGAUCAGCCAGGCGGACCGCGCCGUCAUCUGCUACUUCGGAGAAGGCGCGGCAAGCGAAGGGGAUGCUCACGCCGGCUUCAACUUUUCGGCCACUUUAGAGUGCCCCAUCAUAUUCUUCUGCAGAAACAACGGCUAUGCAAUAUCGACACCAACUCACGAGCAGUACAGAGGCGACGGCAUCGCUGCCAGAGGCCCUGGUUAUGGGAUCAUCUCAAUCAGAGUGGACGGGAAUGACGUCUUUGCCGUCUAUAACGCUACUAAAGAGGCUCGGCGCCGGGCAGUGGCUGAAAACCAGCCCUUCCUCAUUGAGGCAAUGACCUACAGGAUCGGACAUCACAGCACCAGCGACGACAGCUCGGCCUAUCGCUCAGUGGAUGAAGUGAACUACUGGGACAAGCAAGAUCACCCCAUCUCCAGGCUCAGACACUACAUGGUGAACAAGGGCUGGUGGGAUGAGGAGCAGGAGAAAGCAUGGAGGAAACAGUCCAGGAAACGGGUGAUGGAAGCCUUUGAGGAGGCCGAACGUGAGCUGAAGCCCAAGGUGGACUAUUUAUUCACGGACGUGUACGAAGAAAUGCCGGUCUUGCUGCAGAAACAGCAGGAGGCGCUGCAGAGGCACCUGAAGAUGUACGGCGAGCAUUAUCCCAUGGACCAUUAUGAGAAGUAGAUGCCAUGGUGUCGAUUCCCAGCCCCGCCCGCCCGCCCUUCAGUCCCGCACACACCACUAACUUUAAUCCUGAGUCCACAAAGUUGCUUCCUGUUAACCCUUCGAUUUCCAAAACUAAUGCUAACUAUGGUGACGCUCUCCUCUCUCUAUAGUUGCCCAGGUCUUGGUGGCCUGUGUUGCUGUUCGCUGGGUUUUGGAGGAAUCUAAUGGCAGUGAAUUCCUCAUUCCCCUCUGAACUGCAGAUGCUGGAAAAAUCGAGGAUAGACAAAAAAUGCUGG